CAGCCUCGCUCGCUUGCGAUGGUGUCUCCGGCGAUUGCCCUGGCCUUCCUCCCCUUCAUUGUCACCCUGCUGAUCCGGUACCGGCACUACCUGGUGCUGCUGUACCGGGCAGUGCUGGUGGCCUGGCUGCGGGACCGGCUCACCGGCACCUCGCGGGAGCAGCGUGCCUUCCAGUACGUGCUGGCCCAUGCCAUCCCUGGGGACCCCCACCACAUCCUCCAGACCUUCGAUGAGUGGUGCUACCACUGUGAGCACCUCAGCUGUGUGGGGCCUGACAAAGGGCGGAUCGUGGAGCGGGUGCUGUUGGAACGGGCACCACUGCGGGUGCUGGAGCUGGGCACAUACUGUGGCUAUGGCACCGUGCUGCUGGCACAGGGGCUGCCCCCAGGCGCCCGCCUCUACACCAUCGAGGGCAACCCCCAACACGCUGCCGUGGCUGAGAAGGUCAUCCGCCUGGCCGGCUUCAGCGAGCAGACGGUGAGCACCCAGGCACUGGGACAAAGCCCAGCUCUGCAUGGGAAACCAGGGAGGAGAUGGGUGGGGGGUGGUGGGUAGGCACCCAGAUACCCUGGCCCAGUGGCUGAGGGUGAUGCAGCACAGGUGGAGCUGAUUGUGGGCCUCUCGGAGGAGGUGAUACCCCGCCUGCGGGAGAAGCAUGGCCUGAUGAACGCCAACUUGGUCUUCAUGGAUCACUGGAAACGCAGCUACCUGCGGGAUCUACGGCUGCUGGAGAGCCACCAGCUGCUGGCUGAGGGGGCCACCAUCCUGGCUGAUAACGUCCUCUUCCCUGGGGCACCCCACUUCCUGCAGUACGCAAAGACCUGCGGCAAGUACCACUGCAAAGUGCACCGCGCCAGCCUGGAGUACUUCCGCGCCAUUCCUGAUGGCAUUGCCGAGCUCCGCUACACCGGCACCCACUGAGCAGGCACCUCCUGCCUCGUGGUGCCACAGUCACCAUGGCACUGCCAGGU